AUGUCUGACAGUAUUUUGCCCAGUACUUGCGGCAAGAUUUCUAAUUUAUCACAAGUAAACUCAUUGUAUUUAAACGGAUCUCAAGCUGAUAUUACCCUGCGAAAUGUGCAAACUACAAAAUCUACAGAUCAAUUUUCUAUUUCAUCUUCACCCUAUGCAAAAUCGCAAACAUAUAGAAUAGACCCACUUUUCAAUCCAUUAUCUUUUGGAAGUAAUUAUCCAACAACAUCUCUAUUCUCAUCUGCUCCGAGUACUUCUGAAACACAACUAGAAGAGAGUGUACAUCAGAAGAACACAGUACCUAGGACUGCUGUGAAACGCAAAAGAAGUGGGGAUGGACUUAUGUUCAUUGCAAUUAUUCAUAUCCUUCUUGCUUGUGGCUUAAUAGACGUAGGCAUUUUUAUGAGUGUUCGUUUUUCGCAUAUUAUUCGCAUUUGGCCUGAUAGUUACGCAAAGUUAACUAUAAGCGAUAUCGGAUGGUUUGAAAAUCAAGCAAGUUCAAAUUAUUAUUAA